AUGUUCGACGUGACACGACUAACCUGGUUGCUUCUGCGCUGGAUAGUCGCCGGAAUGCUCAACCGCCUUCACGGGCAACCCGAGAGCUAUGACAAAAAAUCCAAGUACAGGUUCGGCCGGACUCUGGGUGCAGGCACAUACGGCGUCGUGCGGGAGGCCGAUGGCCCCACGGGCAAGGUGGCUGUCAAGAUCAUUCUGAAGAAGAAUGUCAAGGGCAACGAGCGCAUGGUAUACGACGAGCUUGACAUGCUUCAAAGGCUGAAGCAUCCUCACAUCGUCAAGUUCGUCGAUUGGUUCGAAUCGAGGGACAAGUUCUACAUCGUCACGCAGCUGGCCACCGGAGGCGAACUCUUUGACCGAAUUUGCGACCAGGGAAAGUUCACCGAGAAGGAUGCUUCGCAAACAAUCAAGCAGGUGCUCAGCGCUGUCGACUAUCUUCACGAUAACGACGUUGUUCAUCGAGACUUGAAACCCGAGAACCUCCUUUACUUAACCAGGGAGCUCGAAUCUGAUCUGGUCUUGGCAGACUUCGGCAUUGCAAAGACCCUGGACAGCAAGGAGGACACCCUCAAGACCAUGGCGGGCUCCUUUGGCUAUGCCGCCCCGGAGGUCAUGGAGCAAAAAGGCCACGGCAAACCUGUCGACAUGUGGUCGCUUGGCGUCAUCACCUACACUCUUCUUUGUGGCUAUUCGCCGUUCCGCAGCGAAAACUUGCGCGACUUGCUUCACGAAUGCACCUCGUCGCAAGUUGUCUUCCACGAGCGCUACUGGAAGGAGGUGAGCGACGACGGCAAGGACUUCAUCCUCAAACUGAUUGUGCCGGAGCCCGAGCAGAGAUGGACGAGCAAGCAAGCAUUGGGCCACAUCUGGUUGACCGGCAAGAAUGCUACCGAGCACGACUUGGUGCCCGAGCUGCUCAAAGCUCGCGAGCUCAGGAGCAAGUUCAAGCAUGCCGUUCUGGCUGCAAGUCUGAAGAAGAGGAUCGCGGACCUCAAGGAUGCCGACUCAGACUCAGACAACGAGAUGAGGGAUGCCGAGCAAGCCAUUCCCAGCGCCUCCUCUGCAUCUCUGCCGAAACCUGACGCCAAAACGGCCUCGCUCAAGGACAAGAUUAGCGGUGCCAUGUUCCGCGAAGUUGUGCUCGCGAAGCUCAAGGAUGAGAAGCAGAAGAAGGAGGCGCUGGAGGUUGACCAGGAGCUCGAGAAUGAGGUCAGGCGGCGCAGCUUCAAUGGCUCAUCGGGAGCUGCUUGA